AUGCUGGUGUCAGCUGUCACUGGCAAGGGUGCCAAUGGCAAGAAGAAGAAGCCUCCCUUGGGUCUGGACACGCAUAUGCUCAACAACAGGACCGCCGCUGCAGCUGGGGCAACCACGAGUGCCACAACAAGGGCGGGUCUGCACGGCUCAUUCACCUCUGCGCGUACCGGCAGCACGAGCAAGCUGCAGGGCCUCUCUCGCAGUGCCUCUGGCCCUCUGCUGCCGGACAGGAGCGCCAACUCUGAAGCCUCAGGCAGCGACGCCGGCAGCGGGCUGCGGCGGCAGAAAUAUGGGGGGGAGUGCGGGGGGGACCCCGGGAGCCUGCUAGACCUCCCCAACCGGACCCCCCUGCCCGGCGGUGCCAGCGCGGCGGUGCGGGGGGCCCUCGGCGGCAAAGGGAACGCCGUCGACGCCCUUGCCCUCAAGGGUAUCUUUGACCGGCGGCAGCUGACGGUGGCAGGGGCCAGGAAAUGGAUGCUGGUGGAUGACAGGGGGGACGCCUGGAUUAUAGAGGCGGAUCGGUCGCUGCUGACUGCGCAGCUGAAUCUGCACUCGCGCGACCUGAGGCUGCUCGACCCCAUGCUAACCCAGAUCCACCCCUCUGCCAUCCUCUGCAGGGAGCGCGUGCUGCUGGUGAACUUGGAGGGCAUAAAGUGCAUGGUGACUACGGAUUACGUACUUGUGCUCAACGUUGACCGCCCCAUGGCCCUGGACUUCUUGGACGAGCUGCAGCGGCGGCUCAGGCAGCAGGCUGACGCAUUGAUGGAGGAUGCUGACAUCGGCGCUGAGUCAGGCGACAGGGACCACGCGCGAAUGCCAUUCGAGCUACGCGCGCUCGAAGUCGCGCUGGACGUGACGUGCCAGCACUUUGAGCGCCUGACGAAGAACCUGGAGACCGUCGCCGUCCCCUUGCUUCAGACCGCUACUGCCAGCAAGGUGACCACUGACUUCCUGGACAGGCUUCGGCAGAUGAAGGCGCGAAUGAACGGCCUCAAAACAAAGGUGGAAACGAUGAAGGAGGUUCUCGAGAAAUACCUGGAGGACGAGGAUGACAUGCUGGACAUGAACCUCACCGCCAGGGGUCAGGGGACGAGGCAUGCAUCGUUCCAGCUGCAGCGGGAAUCGAUGCAGCGCCACAAGGGCCCCAGCCGCCACUCCCUCUCUCUGGUCAGGCACACUUCGGGGCACUGGCCCCAGCUGUCCGUGCGAACCUCCAUGCACUCGGCGGGAGCCAACUUCUCAGAAGACGGCGGCGAGGGCGGCAGCCCGGAUGACCUGGCAGAGCAGAUGGAGGCAGCUGCCGAGCAGCUGGCGGCUGCCAAGCGCGCAGCCGAGGCGCGGCGGCGCGAGGAAGCUAUCACGGAAGUUGAGAUGGUGCUUCAGACAUAUUUUCAUAAUCUAGACAACUCCUACAACAAGCUGCAGACCAUCAACGAGUACAUGGACGAUGUGGAGGAGUUCAUUGACUUGGAGAUGGACGCGUACCGGAACAAUGUCAUCCGGAUGCGGGUGAUGCUCAAUGCGUCGGCACUUUCGGGAGUCAUAAUAUUCACGAUCAGCAAUAUCUUCGGCAUGAACCUGGGCGUCGCGCCUGAUCGGCUGCAGGGGAAUGCCGGGUUUAGCGGCAGCACCUUCCUCGGCUACCCUUUAUUUCUAACGGUGACAAUAGUGACAUGUGGGGCUUCGGUGCUGGUCUACAUGGCGUUCCUGUUGUACUUGCACCUUGUGAAAUUGGGCCCCUCAAACAUCUCGGGUUGA